AUGGCCUGCUGUUCCACCAGCUUCUGCGGGUUUCCCAGCUGCUCCACCGGUGGAAACUGCGGCUCCAGCUGCUGCCAGCCAAGCUGUUCCCAGUCCAGCUGCUCCAAAACAGGCUGUGGUGUUGGAGGUGGCAUGGGCUGUGGCCAGACAGGUGGCUCCGGACCCCUCAGCUGCCGAGCUAGGUGGUGCCGCCCAGACUGCAGCGUGGAGGGCACCAGCCUGCCUCCCUGCUGCGUGGUGAGCUGUACACCCCCGACCUGCUGCCAGCUGCACCAUGCCCAGGCCUCCUGCUGCCGCCCAUCCUACUGUGGACAGUCCUGCUGCCGCCCAGCCUGCUGCAAGCCCUCUUGCUCUCAAACUACCUGCUCUCAGCUUACCUGCUCUCAGACCACCUGCCCUCAGCCUACCUGCUCUCAGACCACCUGCCCUCAGCCUACCUGCCCUCAGCCUACCUGCUCUCAGACCACCUGCCCUCAGCCUACCUGCUCUCAGACCACCUGUGCUCAGCCCACCUGCUCUGAACCCACCUCCUCUCAGCCCACCUGCCCCGAACCCACCUGUUGA